ACAAAUAUGGGUUUAAAAAUACCCUUUUUUUUUUUUGACAGGAAUGCUUGACACGAUUAAGAACGUCUCGGUUGAGGAGUCUGUAUAAUGUAUUCCCCCCCCCUCAGAAGCCUGCAGUGCAUAUCUAAACCUGCUGUUGGAAAAAUAAUCUUGCUGUUCUGCAGCUUUUCACAGCUGCGUCCGAACCUUCCGUCCGCAUCUGAUACCAGGAAGUGGGAGGUUGCCACCGUCUACUUACAAGCUAGCUGUUAGUUUGCGCGAUGCAAGAACUUAUACAUUGGAAAACAUAGAACGCGGAAUUGUGUCUCAACAACUAAACGAACGUUUGUGUGCCUAAACGGUGUUUUUUUUUUUUUUUUUUUGGGAGAUACAUUUCAUUGUGAAUUGAGGUUGGAGACCGUAAAAACUGCUAGUAAGCUUGUUGUUUGGCCAUCUGGCAGAAUUGUCGACAGCUAACAGUUAACGUUAGCAGGUGUUGUGAUGGCUGUGCCGCAUUUAAACUGCUGCGUGGCAGUAAUUUUACUGUUAGCACUGCUGUCGGGGUGUAACGCAAGGAUUCACAAGCUCAGCUUGAAGAAUGAGACGAGGUUUGCUGUUGAUCUCAACAAUUUUGGUUUCUUUGCAAACGGAACUCUAAAUGUGACCCUGUCUUCCUUGUGGCUCAAUGAACAACAUAUAAACUACACCAAUUCAGUUGGUUUUAGCCUGUCCAGGUCACGAGUUAACGGGGUGUUAUCUUACACAGCAGAGGAGACUGAAGCAUGCCCGUUCACAACGGAGCCGACAAACGAUGAGCCUCUCAUUCUUUUUCUCAUUGACAUCCGAAAUCUAAGAGUCAAUGUGCAAGCCAAGGGCAUCCAAGACAACAUUCUGAUAGCCAAAGAAAAAAAGGUUAAAGAGAUUCCUGCUGCCAGACCGCAGGAAUCAGCAGACACUUUGACUGCAAAGAGAGUCCAGAUGAAACCGUCAGGAGAUGGUGGCAAGGACAAACCAGGAGGUCCUAAGGCAGAAGAAAAGCCUAACCCUGUUGGGGAUGCUACAAAAGUGGAGGAAACUACAUUCCUGCUGAACACGACAACCCAGCCAAUUCUAGCACUGGACAAAGUUAAUGGCUUCUACAAGUUCAAUUUCCUCAUGGUGGUUGGCCCAAAGGCAGAAGGUCUGUACAGCCUGAAGUUCCACUACUGUCAGAACAGGAUACCUGGGACUAAGCUGCAUUACUCUUUGACAGUAGAGGUGAUAGAGAAGAACCCAGGGAGCUACCUGUCUGCAGCAGAAAUCCCAUUGUCUCAACUUUACAUAUGUAUGGCUGGAGUCUUCUUCACUGCUGCCAUGGUCUGGGUGUACACUCUCAUGAAGCACAGGUACAGUGUGUUUAAGAUCCACUGGCUGAUGGCUGCACUGGCAUUCACCAAGUCCACGUCUUUAGUUUUCCAUAGUAUCAACUAUCACUUUAUCAACACCGAGGGGCAUCCUAUUGAAGGCUGGGCCGUCAUGUAUUAUAUCACACACCUGCUGAAGGGGGCUCUCCUGUUCAUUACGCUGGCACUGAUUGGCACGGGCUGGGCUUUUGUCAAAUACAUCCUCUCUGACAAAGAGAAGAAGAUCUUCAUUAUAGUCAUUCCUCUGCAGGUCCUUGCUAAUGUUGCCUACAUCAUCAUAGAGUCUACAGAGGAAGGCUCCAGUGAGUACUACCUGUGGAAGGAGAUCCUCUUUCUGGUCGACCUCAUCUGCUGCGGAGCCAUCCUGUUCCCCGUCGUCUGGUCGAUCCGUCACUUACAGGAGGCUUCAAGCACAGACGGGAAAGCUGCCAUGAAUCUGGAGAAGCUCAAGCUAUUCAGGCAUUUUUACAUCAUGAUUGUGUGUUAUAUCUACUUCACGAGGAUCAUAGCCAUUUUGCUGAAGAUCACGAUGCCCUUCCAGUGGCAGUGGUGCUAUGAGUUCAUGGUGGAGGUGUCAACUUUGAUCUUCUUUGUGCUGACGGGCUACAAGUUUCGACCAGCAUCCAAUAACCCCUACCUCCAGCUUCCCCAGGACGAAGAGGACGUGGAGAUGGAUGAAGUAGUGACAGAGUCCGGUGCACUGGAGGGUAUCUCCAAAGUAAAGAAGACGUCUAACGGACGCGAUCGCCAGAAAGAGCCCGCUCUGUGAGCAGAAAGCCACAUCAUUCAGAGGGACCAAGCGAGCAUCCUCGGGCCAGCUGUGUGCGAAGGGGCUCAUAUAUGGACCAAGGAUCCCCACUUCCACUGAUAGCUCUCUGUUUAAAACUCUUCAAAGUGGUUGCAAAGCUCAUGCCCACUGUCUGGCUAUGCAAAAAAAAUACAAAAUUUUAAAAAUCAUAAUUAUAACAUCUAUGGCUAACAUGAUGGACAUUCUCCAUUUUCUUUGGGACAUUCCAUCCAGAACCCGAAAAGUUUCAGAAGGCUUUUUUCCCCUCAUGGACGGGUGGAUAUAUGGAACAGAGCUCAGAAAUUCCUAUUUUCGUUCUUCUCUGUUUCUCUCCAAAGAUAAUUAUUGUUAUUUUAGACAGAGACUUGUUUUUGGGUGUGUUUAUGUCAGCUAUUUAAAACGGUACUUCUACAGGCCACUUACUUGUAUCUUUGUGUAAAAUGGGGAUAUGUAUGACUGAAAAAACACAAAUUAGAAUAUUUUAGAUUUUCUUCCCUUAUAUAAUAGCCUAUUCUCAGGUAAAGAAGAAAAUGGCUCAUUGGUUUGUGUAUAAUAUAGCAAUCAGCGGUUUCUGUGCCACCAGUCACAGCACCAUACACCUUUUUUCUCAUUGACUUGAUUCAUAUAUUGAAAUAUUUAACAGAAGGAUGCUAUUUAUUUCAAUAUGUUGCUGUUUUUGCAUAUUGAAAUGUUUUACAGUAUCAUUGUCUGUGUUGGAGGAUCAGGCCUUCCUCCCGGUGUGUCAUUUUGAAGUGCUGCUGUAAUUUAGUGCUUUAGUGGUUGAAAACAACCUGCUUAUUCCCCAUAUUGACUUGAUAACCUGUACUGGUAUGUUCAGAUCAGGCUCUAAGAGAACUGGAGCUAGGGCCGUAAUGUCCUUCGUUAUUUUUGGUGAGUCCAUCUGAGCAGAGAAGAGCCGGAACAGACUUUUGAAUUUACCUGCUUUUGGUUUUUAACCUUUUUGCUCUUGAUGUGAAGCUUAUAUGAUUAAUUACAGUUGACUUCAGUGGCUUGUCCAGCCAGACAGGGUGAUGAUCAUUAAUUAAAGAUUUUUGUAAAUAUGACUGUUCAUACAAGAAGAGGUUGCUGAUUUACAAACUGCAUAGUGUUUCAGGAUGUUAUAACAGUUCGGUUUCAGUGAGAUUUUAAUCUUAAUCCUUUAAGUGGACCCACAGGUGAGAAAACAAGAAAGUGCUACUAAGAUUGGACCACAGUCACUCCUGUCCAGAGAGGACAGAUCUGCACAGUGUUUACACACAGGUAACCCGUCUCCGUGUGCCGGGAGUCAACAGGUAACACUCAGUAUACAUUUACUUGAGUUGGCUACAGGAAAUGGUUUUUUUUGGAUGUAUGUAUGGACUGUCACAAUAAAGUUGGAGUUUUUGAAA